AUGACAGAUCAAGAAAUGACAGAUAUGCAUGAACAUACCAACAUGAUUGGCUCAGAUGAUAUGCUUGCAAGUGAUGCAGAUCCUCUCAAUGAUAGACUACCAUUGGAGCUCCCCUUAGAUCCCUUUGAAGGAAUGAAGUUUACAUCAAUUGAAGAUGUAAAGAAAUACUACACAAGUUCACAGUUUCUUAGAGUACAUAGAAGCAAAACCAAAGUGCAAAAAAAACUUAUUGAUGUGCUUGAUGAUUCUGGUAUAGGCCCUAGUAAAAUAGCAUCAGUGUUAUGUAUCGAGAGUGGUGGUGUUGAUAAUGUUGGAUUUAGCCAACAAGAUGUUAUUAAUUAUUUAACUGUGAAGAGACAAAAACAAUUAGAAAAUGGAGAUGCUCAGUUGAUGUUAUCGUACUUUAAGAAUUGUCAGUUGAAGAAUCCUGGGUUUUUCUAUGCAUUUCAAAUGGACGCAGAAGGUAAAUUAGCAAAUUACUUUUGGGUUGAUUCAAGGUCUAGAAUGGCUUACAAAUAUUUUGGUGAUGUGGUGACUUUUGAUCCAACAUACUUAACAAAUAAAUACCUAAUGCCCUUUGUUCCAUUCACUGGAGUUAAUCAUCACCAACGGUCUAUACUUUUUGGUUGUGCUCUGUUAUGGGAUGAAAUUGAAGAGAGUUUUGUUUGGUUGCUACGUACUUGGUUAGAAGAAAUGGAUGGAGUUAUUCCUAAAACUAUUAUCACUGAUCAAGACACUUCUAUUUCUAAUGCAGCUGCACAGGUUUUUCCAGAGGUGAAUCAUCACUAUUGUAUGUGGCAUAUUGAGAAGAAAGUUCGAGAGUACUUGAACCAAAUUUAUCAUGAACAUAGUAAGUUUAAAAAUCAAUUUCACAAGUGCAUUCAUCAAACUAUCACUACUUAUGACUUUGAUUCUUAUUGGGGAGCAAUGAUAGAUAAUUAUGAGUUGCAAGAUAACAAAUGGCUAAAGAAGAUCUACUCCAUUCGAGCAAAGUGGAUUCUUACUCCAUUGAGCAAGUUUGUGACACAAUAUGAGAAGGCUCUUGAUGCACGUUAUAACAAGGAAAGAGAGAAGAAUGUUAAGACAAGGAAUUCAAAACCACUUUUGCGCACUUUAUAUCCUAUGGAAGAAGAGGCUUCAAAAAUUUAUACACGAAAAGUGUUCAAGAUAUUCCAGGAUGAGUUGGUUGGAUCCCAAAUAUUUAUCGCAGAGAAAGUUGAAUUUUCUGUUCAAAAAAAUGUUUAUUCUCUCCCUUCUCAAUAUGUUCUAAGUCGAUGGACCAUAAAUGCUAAGAAAGACAAAAGUAAAGGACUUGCAAUUGAAGACCUUGAAGAAGGUAGAAACCGAGCCUCAAGUACUUCAUUGUUUAAUAGUAUUAUGGUUGAGUCUCUUGAGCUAUCUGAAAGAGGUUCACGAUCGAAAAAACAUCAUGAUAUUGCAAUUCAAGCUUUGCGGAAGGCGAUCGCAAAACUUGAUCAAUUGUUUAAUAGUAUUAUGGUUGAGUCUCUUGAGCUAUACUGA